AUGACCACCAACGAGGAUUUCUCCUCCUUCUGUGCGACCUCCUUGAUGGAUUUCAAGUCCCAAUCCCCUAAAAGACGGUCCAAGGUUGUCGCCCCUACCGCGGAAGAACGCCGGCUGCUGAACUACAACUCGUACGGCACCUUUGCCAUCCCGUAUGGCGCCUUCCGCCGCCACAGCGACGACGCUGCCACCAGUUUCUACCGCCACGACUCGGUGAUAGAGGAGGGCAACGCGAAUCAUCUCUCCAUCGUCUCCGCCGUCAAUGUCUCCACAUCCACAUCCUCGUCGGAGGACAGCGCCGACACGCUUUCUUCUGCGUCCUCAGCGCGAGGGCUGACAAGCUGUCGUCAGUCGUACGCGACGUACAACGGCGGUUCCACCUGGGGCGGGCGGUGGGGGUCCGGCGCGUACCACUUCGAGAACUCCGGCCGAGCCCCGAUAACGGCAAAGACGUACACGGCUACGAGCAGCGUCCCACUGCCUGUCAUGCCUGCUAUGCCUGCAAUGCCUGAUGUGCAAGCUGUUGCGGUGGUUCCGCAGUCUCCGAAGCGGCUCUGCGCAGUGAAGCCGAUCCGCACCGUUCACCCCCCGACCCCGCCCCCCAUCGAAGUUGACUUCAGCGGCGACAACGACGAUGAGCUGCUGCCGGAUGAAAACAAAACACAGCAGUUCUUUCGAUUGGCCCUGCAGCACCGCAAUCGACGCGUGCGGCUAAUGGAGCAGCGAGAAAGCGGGCAGAAGCCACCGCGUCGCGCUCGUGUCCGGCCACAGGUGGUGCUGUCCAACAAGAAAAGUGCGUUCUCGGCCGCCCUGGCCGCCGUGUUUGCACGGCCGCUGCCGAAGGAGAAGAAGAGGGUGAUGCUGCCCACCCCGCCACGCGCACCGCAGUCACCGCAGCAGCGUCCGGACCGGUCACGAUACGCCUCCCUCUCCACCGCCAAGCCUGAUUCUCAGCAAGCCCACCGCACCGACCCUCCGUCAGACGCGCCUGCGACCGCUACACUCCGCGCGCCCCACCUUCGCUCGCGCAAUGGCGCUCCACCGUUUGCCGGUCAAAUGGUCGACUACGCGUGGGAGAUGGACAACUUCCACAAACCGGCGUUGGCGGUGGCGGCCGCGGCGGAGGUGACAAGCAGCAACGCCUCCAGCGAGUCGAGCUCCACGUCGUCUGACAGCGAUGCCGAGCCCAUACCCGCAGAGGAGCGGGAACUGUGGGGUGUGUGCCCGCAGCGGGACUUCCCUCUGGUGAGGUCGCCCGUCUGGGCAGCACUGGAUAACCCUCGUCAUCACGAUGGCAGCGGCGAGAACGCUCACAAUGGCAGCUCUGCUGCGCCAGAUGGUGAUGAUGAUCGCUCUUCGUCCGAUUCGAGUAGCGAAGACGAGGACGAUGAGGAGGUAGGAGUGGUGUUUGCAAGUUCUCCUUCUUUUGCGGUGGCGAUGCACACCGAGCGUAGCACACCCCUGCCCGGGGAGAAACCGACGGCCCGUUCAGAGGUGGCGAUGUACGCCUUGAAAAUGCACCGCAGUCCUGAAAUGGGCCUCACUGUCAACUCAAGUCACGGCACGGCGAACUCGACAGAUUGCCUCUCCGAUUCUUCUUCCUCCUCGUCGAAGUCGUCUAGCGGGUCGUCGUCGUCCUCGAUGCCGCGGGGGAGUUGCAAAGGAGCGGCACCGAACCAAACUCGCCAGCGGGCUGAUGUCGCGCUGCAGCCACCACAGCAGCACGGCGAAUCAACGACGAGCCGUCGCGAGCGCAACGGCGCGAGGGUGAUCUUCCGUCCUCGGGCCCCGGAAAUUAGUGAGGCGAUGCCCAUAGUGCAUCUUCGCUAUCGUCGUCCCAACGGCUUCCGUCGUAUGUUCAAUGGGAAGAUAUAA